AUGUACCCUGACGCUGCUAGACAGGACGCUACCGAUGCGAACAAGGAAGAGAGCCGCGGCUUGCAGGAAGAGACGUCGGUCUAUCUCAAUGUAUAUGACAUGCUACCGGGUAGCGCAGUCACUGCGGUUGGUUACUGGAUGGGUUUUGGUGUAUUUCAUACUGGUGUAGAAGUAUUAGGAGUCGAAUAUAACUUUGGAGGUCAUGAUUACGACGCUUCUGGAGUAUUUAGGAUGAAGCCACGACUCGGUCCACCAAAUGUUACAUACAAAGAGUCUAUAUUUAUGGGGUAUACUAAACUUAAUAAAGAAGAUGUUGUAAAAAGGAUGGACGAGUUGUCCAAAGAAUGGAAAGGAAACAGUUAUAAUCUUCUCUUAAGGAAUUGUAACCAUUUUACUAGUGAAGCAUGUCGCAUAUUAGUAGGAAAGCGCGCACCCGGCUGGAUAAAUCGUGCUGCAAAAUUAGGAACGCUAUUUCCAUGUGUGGUACCCAGCGGAUGGAUUGAACCUCCAGAAUGUGGGGAAGAGACCGAGGCUAUAGCAUCGUCCAUGUCUACUACAUAUGCGCCAUAUAAUAUUUCCGAGACUCAAGUACUUAACCCGAA